GCGAUAUUCCCAGUGACGUCGAUUACUGCGCAUGUUCAUGACUGUCUGAGUCAACUCAAACAGCAAAACUUGGGCAGCGAAAACUUCCAGGCUGGAACUAGUAAUCGUAAUCUAAAAUCGUAAACAAAUUCCAAGAGAAACGAAGACACAACGAAACAAAGAUGAAGCAUUAGCAAAAUAAAGAUAUAACCGGACUGAUUAAAACGGAGCGGACGAAUACAUUCACUUCCGUGUGUGUGAAAAGGCAAGGUAUUUCCCCAAACAACUUUCGAAAAAACUUCCACAUUUUGGCAUAUUUCUCUUAAAAUUUCACCACCAGAAGUCAACUAAAAACUUGGACUAAUAUAAAGCUGUACUAUGGAGUUGUACAGCGGGGAUAGACGACUCAAUGAACUCGGAGAGGGCGAUUUUAACGAAAUUCUCGACAAUGAUGUCUUCCAUACAGAAGCGAAUACAACUUCUGGGUACGGAAUGGAUGACGAUUGGUUUGAGAGUUUAUUUGAAGAUCCAGUACUUAAUGACAAGAUGAUGUCUGAUGCAUCUCAACCAACUAAAGUCAACACUGAACACAGCUACUCGAUGGACAAAGAUGAACCUAGCUCACCACUCGGCCUUAUUCGCAUGGACGAUUAUGGAAAAGUCUCGACGGACAUGGAUCUUGAACAAUACAACUCCAACACUGCACUAGACCUAACACAGAAAACAUCACAGCCCCAGAUACAGAUCAAACCAGACCCAGUUCACAUGGUAACCACAACACACAGCACAAUACUACGGCAACCAACCAUCGUCCUAGCAACAUCACAAGCAGCACCAUCUGCUGGCGAAAGUUAUCUCAUACCAAAAGUGAAUAUAAAAGUUGAACCAGGUGACACAUUUGACCAGAGUAGCAACAGUAGUAUGGGUUACGAUAAUGUCUCCCUACCCCCUACACCCCCAAGCAGCAACACAAGCGACAGCGAAGGCUCACUUAGUCCCCAGAGGUCUCCACCAUCUAGUCCUAUACGCCACGUCUCAGUACGACAUCCAAUCAGACAUAUUACUCAACCAUCACAACCCCUUUUCACAAGUCCAAUUCCCCAGAGUGGAGUACUGAUACUGUCUGAGGAAGAAAAGCGAACACUUAUCUCAGAAGGUUACCACAUACCAGGCAAAUUACCACUCACAAAACAAGAAGAAAAAAAUCUGAAGAAAAUUAGACGAAAAAUAAAAAACAAAAUAUCUGCUCAGGAAAGUCGGCGGAAAAAGAAAGAAUAUUUAGAAAAUCUUGAAAAACGAGUAGAACAGUUUACAUCAGAGAAUACAGAUCUUAGGAAAAAAGUUGACAAUCUGGAGAAUAAUAACAGGUCCCUCAUAUCUCAACUGCACAAAUUACAGGCACUUGUUGGAAAAGCAUCUGCAUCCACGACACAAGCUGGAACUUGCCUUAUGGUUAUGGUUCUCUGCUUUGCAAUCUUUGUCCCUUACUACUCUCCUUCAACACUCAACAUUGGAUACACAAACUCAAACACAAAUAACGUCAACUCAUUUUUUCCCGCGGGAGCCCCAGCAAGUCCUAUGGCUCUCAAACCGUCCCCCAAUAUGGGUCCUUCUGUGAAUGUCAUUAAAGCAGAAGUGAGGGUCGAUGACUCAUAUGACACACCAAGCAUGCGUUCAAGAGUGCUCCUGUCGUUGAAGGACGAAGAGGCUGAAUAUGGGCCGCAUACACCUCUAGGCUACUUUCGUCAAUUUACUAAGUUCUUCAACGUAGAAACUUGCGUCACAAGCCUUGACACACAAGAUGAUGACAUCAUCAUGAUGGAGCGGGCAGAACCAGUAACUAUGACAGCGGAGAUUCCCGAGCCAAUCAGGGACCUUGAAAAUCACACAGAGGUGUUGCACGCUACGAUGCACCCUGAUAUCGCAGCUGAUGUUUUACCAGUCAUUUCUACUGAGAAACAAAACAACACUGCAUAAGCCAAAUAACUAUGUGUUUAACAUCAUUCAUAGCUUUAGGCUAAGCAAAAUAAAUCUAUGUUACCAGCUCCAAGAGUUGAUACCAACAAGCAUAACUGGUCCAAAUAAUGUUGGUUCAGUUAAGACUUCCCAAUCGAAAUUGACUUGUUGGACAAAAUGAAAGCAAGCUGGUUUGAACUAUGCUGCAACAUCAACACUUGUGACUUCUUCAAGCGUUCUAUAGUAGAGGGAAGGGAAACUAGAAAUUAUAGUCGCUGAUCCUAGAUUGUCGCUAUGGCAGCAACUCAGUCAUGGCUGCAAUUGUCAUCAGCUAAAAGUAGUAAAGUAAUGACAUCUAUAUUUCCGAGUCUUAUGAAAAUAUAAGAGUAAUGUGUAAAUGUUAGGUGAGUGAUGAAAUCACAAAUAUUAAGUAUGACUGUGUGUUGUGUGUAUGUAAAUGCCACCUCGACCUUACAUCUUGAUUAAAGUGUCACUCUAGCCAUGCCUAUUCCAACUGUUACCAUGACAACCAUUGUGACAUCAUCAUACAAUGAAAAAGACUGCAUGAUUUUCUGGCAGUUCUAGCACUCUACAAGUACAUGCCUAAUUCCUUAAUUCCAUUGCUAAUUUUACUUUUAGCAGCCUAUUUUGCAUUUAAAUUGGCUCAAAGUGACAAUUCACUUAAGAUGCUUCUCGAAGAAGGUCAAGGUCAUAUGCAUCCACAAUUAUUUUAUUGAAUAAAUCUAUUUUAAAAGAUCCGGGGAAGUCGUGGUUUGACUAAAUUGCGACAACCUUGGGCAUCAAAAACAGAAUGAACUAUUAUAUUUUUGCUAUAAUCUGUACAUAAACAUACCAUAUAUGGUCAAUGGGGCUCAGAUAUGCGAUUUUGUGAUCCACACGUUGUGCUUUUUGUGAUGUAGGUAAUUCUAGUAAAGCACUGUACUGUAGUAACUUAUUUUGGGAAUUUUCAAAUGUAGUUAUUGAGUAAUAGCUAUAUCCUAGCUUCUGAUUUGAGUACUAGUCUUAUCCUAUUUUAUCUCAAUUCAGUCUAAGUUGGUACUUCUGUUUUUUUCUCGUAAUGUCUCACACUACUGGCUCAUUAUGGUGAUGGUAUAUUUUUGUAAAUAUUUUCACAUUUUUGAAUCAUUGAGUUAGCAUGUUAAAGAGUCAUGUUCAAGUUAGAAUGUUAAAGAGUUGGUCCUACUUGCAAAGGCCACAAUGCAAUAGUGUAUCAACAUUAACGUUGUCUCAUGACAUGCACACAAUAUGGCAAAGUAUAUGAUAGAAUUUGAUGUGUAUGCAUCAGAUUUAGUAUAUUGCCAUAUACUUUGUACAGUCUGAUAAAUCGGGCAUUUAUUCUAGGGACAUUCAACUAUUGUAGCAACUAAGAGUAAAAUACUGAUUUAAUUUUUAAAGAUAAGUUUACUCAAAUUGAGUAAAACUGUAUUCUUGAGUAACUCU